AUUUAAAUAAUCACGUUGUGUUACGGUGAAAUCAUGCUUCAGGUUGACAUUCAACGAAGGAACCGACAUUUUAGAGCUUCGUUAUGUUUCUGAAUCGCUGGGAAAACCUCUGGUUUUUCAUGAAGCUUUUUGGGUUCACAGAGGAUAUGGGAUUCGGCAACAAGAUCAAUGCGAACGUGAUGAUAUCGACCAGAGGUCGUCUGUUCAUGGGCUUCGAGGGUAUCCGCUAUGCCCAGCCGCCAGUCGGGAACCUCAGGUUUAAAGACCCGGAGCCGUUCGAGAGGUUCGAUAGCAUCAGGCGGCAGGUCGACUGCCUACAGUUCGACCCGACGACCGAGAAAAUGAUCGGACAGGAGGACUGCCUUUUUCUUAACAUCUACACACCUGUGAAGUUUAUGAGCGUGAAAAUGCCGGUUCUGAUUUGGAUCUACGGAAGCCCGUUUUAUUUUGGAAAUAGCGCAAACAGCCUUCUCGGAGCGGAGAGGCUCAGUAACUAUGACAUCGUCAUUGUGAUGAUAAACUACCGCGUGGGUCCGCUGGGUUUCGCGAGCUACGAGAACUCCACCCUGCCCGGCAACCUCGGUCUCAAGGACCAACUCAUGGCUAUAGAAUGGGUUUUUAAAAAUAUCCGAAAGUUCGGAGGGGAUCCGAAUAGGGUGACACUAGGAGGAAUCGGCUCCGGAGCGGCUCACGUUCUCUUCCACCUAAACGGGGUGAUGAACGGCCGGAUAAACAAAGGUAUAGCAAUCGGAGGGUCGAGGUUCGCACCUUGGGCUUUCGGCAAGCCGUCAUGGGUCAAAAUGCACACGGAACUCCUAGCUCAGUCGGUCAACUGCAAGUACGCUAAGCCAAAGAUGUUCUCGUCCCAGUUUCCCUAUGAAAACGGACUGGGGCAGAACAUUUCAAUCCUUUUACCAACACAUCGAUGCAACGCCUCCUUGGAUGAUGACAACUUGGCCCAAAUCGCAUACCAAGCUGAGAGACACAUACCUUUUUGGGACAAGAUCAUUCAGCCUUUUCAACCUGUGAUAGACGGUCAUAUCAUACCAGGCAACCCUCGGGAUUUCAAUGGAAAACACAAGUUCUCCCUAUUGCUUGGUUUAAACAGAGACGAAGGGGGCUUCAUGGUGUCUUAUGCCAAAAACAAUGAGCUCCCAAAGGAAGAGGUGAAGUCUGCUUUCGAGUCUUUCUUCAGGGAUGGUGUCGUCAGGGAUAGGAAGCUCGUCAUGUACAACACGGUUGUCAAUGAAAACAUCACCUCUUUGUACAACCAUUUUAACACUACCGACGACAAGCUGUCGGCGAUUACGAGCGACGGAUGGUUUCUCCUUCCGGCCAUGGCGGAGGCCAAAUUCCACAACGGUCCUUUAAAGGCGUUCAUGUUCGGCGAUUACUUCGGCUGGAAACAUAUGGACUGCUCGGUCGAAAGAAAAAUCAGACAGUCCGUACACGGUGACCAGCUCCCAUUCAUAUUCUUCAUAUAUAGGUGCAGGGAUCUGAGCUUUUAUUUCAAUAUGGUCGCGGACGGUUAUACGGACGUGAUAGCCGACUUCGUCUCUGACAGAAAUGUACGCCUGAGGACAUACCAAGACGAUCAGGAUACAAUUUUUGACCUCACAAAAGCUCUCCGUAAUCCUGAUGAGUUUAAAUGGAUCGACCAUAACCUAUCGGCACGAAUGCAUUUCUGGUCUAAACUUAUUAAAUGAGCCAAGAUUAUGAUUUGCCAAAAUCAUGAAGUCAAAUAUGUCUUCCGACACCUGUCUGAAUAACUAAUAAAUAAUCUACUAUCUAACA